AUGGCGGAUGUUUUACCGUGUCUUAAGAAAAAUGACCCAACAGAUAAGGCUAACUAUCGCGCUAUAAAUAUUCUAACCGCUCUCUCCAAAGUUUUUGAAUUGAUCGUUUAUGAACUAAUUUUGUUAUUUAUGAAGCCAAAAUUUGAAAAAAUUUUGUGUGGUUUUCGUAGAGGUUAUAGUACUCAGCAUACACUUAUUUUUUUACUUAAUAAGUGGCAUAAAGGCAUUAACAAUGGAGGUAUUAUUGGGACAUUAUUAAUUGAUCUCUCUAAAGCUUAUGAUUUCAUUCCGCAUAAUCUACUUAUUGCUAAAUUAGAGGCAUGA